UUGGAUGUGCAAUGUCAUGCAAUCUCCAUUUUAAAUCGAUUUUCAAGUGUUUUAAGUGCUUUAUAUGAUUGGACACAACGUGACUUGUGGAUUUCUUGGAAAACGUGAAUAUUUUAACCGUAUACAGAAGACUAAAAUACGUCGUCUGUUCAGUGAUCAAAUGUAACAGUGUACUACUUACAAAUAUGAACAUAUAUCAACUGAUGGUGAUGGUGCUAUUGAUCCUACUAGGAAUCUUUUCCCAGCUUUUCAUCAUCGAAGCGUGCAGUUGUCAAUUGGAACAUGCACAAACCGCGUAUUGUGACGCAGAAUUUGUGAUUGUUGCACAAGUGCUCAGAAAAUCAAAUCGAAAACACAAUGGCAAUAUCGUCUACAAAAUCGUCAUCAAAAAAGAAUACAAGAUAAGUCCCCGGGCUAAAAAGUUGCUGAAACAUGGUAAGCUUGUGACACCUCCUUUUGAUUCGAUGUGCGGGCUUCAGUUGGAAGUGAACCAACUGUACGCUAUCGCGGCGCAAGAUACACACGUGGGUUUGUGUAAUUACGUUCGCAAGUAUUCGGAACUUACUAUUGUGGAGAAACGAGGGUUGGCUGGAAUUUAUCGUAAGGGAUGCUCAUGCAAGAUUAAACCAUGCUACACAGGGUAUUGCAAUUCAUCUUUUGGAGUAUGUAACUGGAUACCUUCAGAUAGAUGUGAAUCAGACUACGGCUCUUGUGUACCAAUGCGUGGACAUUUAUUGGACGACACCCCUGUCAAAUGUCACUGGCGUCAGUCACCAUUAUAUCAAACAUGUAAAAUGAAUAUGUCCGAAGCAAACUAAUUUUAAAAAAACCAGUGUCAUUCUAUGUUGUAAUUAUUCAUUUCAUUAAAUCACUCCUAAUCGUUAGUUUAUAUCGAAACACUGACUACUACUCUGUGUAAUAAUGCUAAUACUAUUUAUUAUUAGAUAAAUAUACUAUUUAUUUGGCAAUCGUUAUUACGUAUUUUAAUUGAAUUGAGUAACAUAUAAAAUUGUGUCUAAUGUGUACUCUAAGAAAUGGUAUAAAUAGUACAAAUUAUUAUUUGGAAAUAAGAAGUCAUGCUAAUGUAUAAUGAACCAAAUAAAAC